AUGAUGAAGCUAAGCUUUGCAAUCUUGCUUUUGGUGACACUUGUUCUUACUUCUUUCUUCAUUCCAUCCACUAUUGCUGGUUCAGAUUUCUGUGAUUCAAAGUGCAAUUAUAGGUGUUCAAAGGCAGGACGACAGGACAGAUGCUUAAAGUAUUGUGGAAUAUGUUGUGCAGAGUGUCACUGCGUUCCUUCUGGAACUAGUGGAAACAAAGAUGAGUGUCCUUGCUAUAGGGACAAGAAAAACUCUAAGGGAGGGCCUAAAUGUCCUUAAAUUUACUUAAUCUUUUUCCCAAAUUGUUGUUUGUCAAA